CAUUCUUUGCCAUAUAACCGAAACGUCUCUUUGCCCGUUUCAUAAAAGAGAAUGGAGCAAUUUGUAGCAGGACUAGAAGAACUUUUAACAAAGCUAGCCACAGCCCAGGAUUCUGAUACUAUUAGAGUUGCCACCUCUACCUUAAAUACUCAAUUCUAUGUCUCAGCUGAUUGCAUUCCAGCCUUUGUCGAAAUUAUCAGUCGAUCACCUUUACACCAAGUUCGCCAGUUGGCAGCUGUUGAACUAAGAAAGCGUAUUUCUAAGCGCUGGCAUGAAGUUCCUGAGGCUACGCAAGUGGCUAUUCGUGGUCAAUUGCUGCAAAUUGCUUUAAGCGAGCAACAUGAAAUUGUUCGUCAUUCCACCGCUCGUGUCAUCUCAUCGAUUGCUCGUAUUGAUGUACCUGAAAAUAAAUGGCCAGAGUUGCUAGGUUUUCUGAAUCAAGCCUGCACCAGUGCAACAACUAUUCAUCGUGAAGUGGGUACUUACUGCUUGUACACACUAUUUGAAGUGAUUGCAGAUUUCUUUAUGGACCAUACCGCUCCCUUAUACGCAUUAUUCUCAAAAUCAAUUGCAGAUCCUGAAAGCAAACGUGUUAGAGUAACAACCGUUUUAACUUUGGGAAAGUUGGCAGAGUUUAUUGAAUCUGAGGACAAGGAGAAUAUUAAAGCGUUCAAAGAGAUGAUUCCAGGUAUGGUCAAUGUCUUAGAGCAGUGUCUUAAGGAAAGUGAUGAAGAAAGCGCAAGUGAAAUCUUUGAAGUAUUCGAUACUUUGUUAAUGCUGGAUGCACCUCUUUUAUCUAACCAUUUGGCAGAUUUAAUCCAAUUCUUCUUGACAAUUGGCUCAAAUCGAGGCUUAGAUGACUCUCUUCGUGUCAUGGCACUUUCUUUCCUUAUGUGGGCAGCUGUAUAUAAGCAAAACAAGAUUAGAAAUUUGAAGCUUGUUGCUCCCAUUAUUGAAGGGCUUAUGCCUAUUGGAACAGAAGAAGAACCUGAAGAUGUUGAUGAGGAUUCCCCUUCUCGUCUUGCCUUCAAAGUAUUGAACGCACUUGCAACAAAUAUGCCACCCCAACAAAUAUUCCCUGUUGUCAUGCCUAUGGUUGCUGGCUACAUGCAAAACCCAGACGCCAACUAUCGUAAGGCUGCCAUGAUGUCAUUUGCAGUUGUCAUCGAAGGCUGUGCAGAUUAUAUGAGCCCCAAGCUCAACGAUCUGUUGCCUCUUGUUUGUUCCGGCUUGCAAGAUCCCGAAAUCAUUGUUCGCCGUGCUGCUUGUAUGGCUCUUGGAUGUCUUGCUGAAGAGAUGCCAGCAGAGAUUUCAGAAAGCCAUCAAGCCCUACUUCCCUUGGUGUUUAAUUUGAUGAAUGAUACAAAUCCAGAGGUGACCCGUCAUGCAUGUAAUGCAUUAGAUGCUAUCCUGGACAGUUUGGGAGACGAGGUGCUUCAGUAUCUGCCCAUGUUGAUGGAGAAACUCUUGUUUCUUUUGGAUCAUGCGCCUCAAGUUGAAACCAAGGCAACCGUUAUGGGAGCUAUUGGCAGUGCCGCUCAUGCAGCUAGUGAAUCCUUUGAACCCUACUUUGCUCAAGUUAUGCCACGUAUCCGACAUUUGAUGACCUUAAAAGAAAGCUCAGAUGAUGCUCUGUUGCGUGGAGUAGCAACAGAUUCAGCUGGUGCAAUCGCUGAAGCAGUUGGUGCAGAGAAAUAUAGACCUUUUGCUCCUGAUUUGAUGGCUCUUGCAAUUGAACAAUUAGAUAUGGAUUCACCACGAUUAAGAGAGAGCUCAUAUGCUUUCUUCUCUAUUAUGGCUAAUGUGUUUGGUGAAGAAUUUGCACCCUAUCUUCCUACAAUCAUGCCCCACAUCAUUGCUUCAUGCAAGACGGAAGAAAGUGAUGGCGUCAACGUUGGCAGCGAAAUCGAUUUAACGUUGGGUGAUGGUGACGACGACGAUGAAGAAAAUGGAUUCAAUUUCAGCUCUUCUAUUGCUGAUGAAAAGGAAUUUGCUGCUGAUGCACUUGGAGAAAUCUUUGAGAACACACAAGUUCACUUUUUGCCAUAUGUUGAAUCUUCUGUGCAGGAACUCACAGAUCUUUCUACUCACUUGUUUGAUGGCGUUCGUAAGGCUGUUGUAGGUAGUUUGUUUAGUUUUUUGAAGACGUUCUAUAUUAUGUCUGGAUCAGAGGAAUGGAAAGCUGGUUUGCCUGUAAGCUAUCCUGUGUCAGAAAAUGUUCAAAACAUGAUCAACGUUGUCAUUCCAACCAUCUUAUCUGUCUGGAAAGAAGAAGAUGACAAGAUGGUUGUCGUUCAGAUUUGUACAGAACUGCUCCAAGCCUUAAAGCUCAUGGGCCCUUGUGUGAUUGCUGAAAGCCUUGAAGAAAUCUCACGUAAUGUGUUGGAUAUUUUUGAAAAGAGAUCUCUUUGUCAGCAAAAUUAUGAAGAAGAUGACUUUGUUGAUGAGGAAGAAGAGGCAGAGUCUGAAUCCCUCUUGAUUGGUGCUGCUGGUGAUCUUGUGGCUGCUAUAUGUGAAGUUGUAGGAGAGGGAUAUUCUUCUUACUUUGAUGUGUUUAUGCCACUGAUUGCAAAAUACUAUAAGAAAUCAAAGACAGCUUCUGAACGUACCAUGGCCAUUGGUUGUCUUGGAGAAUGUGUCACUGGUAUCAAGUCAGCAGUGACACCACAUACUGAACGCUUAUUGCAACUCUUCAUCAAGGCAUGCUCUGAUGAAGAUCACUCAGUUCGCAGCAAUGGUGCAUAUGCACUAGGUGUUCUUGCCAGUAAUUCACAAGUGGACCUUAGUUCCCAAUACCCUGCCAUCCUUACAGCUCUGCAUCCAUUAUUUCAGGCCCAACCUGUACCUAAUGUUACAGACAAUGCGGCAGGUGCAGUAGCACGUUUGAUUAUGAGCCGACCAGGUGCUAUGCCUCUUGACCAAGUCUUACCUGUAUUUACAAGUGUUCUUCCUCUAAAGGUUGAUUAUGCUGAAAAUGAGCCAGUGUUCAGCUGCAUAUUCCAACUUUUCCGCGCAAACAAUUCAUUUGUUCAUAGCCAAGUGUCCAGCUUCCUUCCUAUCUUUGCCCAUGUACUUUUAAAUGAGGGACAGCUGUCAGAUCAUACACGUAACGAACUCGUUGGGCUAUUGCGCGCUUUAAAUGCUCAAUAUCCUGCAUUGGGAAUUGCUCAAAGCGACUUGAGCCAUUUUUUGUAAAGCCAGAAAUACUUGUAAACACCUUAGACCUUUUUUUUAUUCUACAUUUAUAAUAAAUUAAAACUUAUUAAAGCUCUAUAAAAGCAACAAUGCAGUCAGCCUCUUUUGUCUAAAUAAGACAUCAAUAUAGAAUACAAGCAUUGUAGAUAAACAAAC